UUUUUCGUUCUUUAGUUUAAAAAAUUUGGAUUCUAUUUACUUAAAAUGUUUGUAAUUGCCGAAGUCUUAGUGGAUUCUAUUUACUUAAAAUGUUUGUUUGUUUGUAAUUUUAAUUUGGAUGUAGGAGACAAUAGGUCACUUGAUCAAAUUCCUAUUGCUUGCAAAGAUGCAAUAGUAAUUUUGUUUAUGUUUGAUCUUACUAGCCGGUGUACUCUAAAUAGUGUUAUUGGAUGGUACAAUCAAGCAAGAAAGUGGAAUCAAACGGCAAUUCCUAUACUAAUCGGGACCAAAUUCGAUGAUUUUGUUCAACUUCCGCCGGAUUUGCAGUGGACAAUUGUGACCCAGGACCCAUAUUUUUCAUAUAAAGUACAACUUAUUCAUCAUCCAGUCUGAAGGUGGAGUAUCCAAAAUCGUGGUUCAUAGCUGCCCACCCCAAGUGUCCCUAGCUAAACUAACUGCUUUGGUAACAAAUUAAUCUAAAUUUUCACUUCAAUAAUUGAGAU